AUGAGCUUUUCAAGGGAGACAUUUUGCCUUGCCAACGCGAAAGGUAACAUCGUGGUCCCCACGAAGCUGCUGACACACGUGGCGAUAUUGGACCAGAUCCCUCAGGAUGCAAAGAAGCGCUGUCUGCUGUUCCUGGUGCUGGAUAAGAGCGGCUCCGCGGUUAUGAACGGCAAACAGCGACUGGAGGUGAUCAUCGUCCAGACUUUGGAGAGCGACUCCUUGACCGCCACCGCCAGUUCGGGGGAGGUUCUGGAGGGCCCGGUGGCGGCGGUGGUGUGCCAGGCAGUCGGCAUGUGUAUCCCCAAUUUCGCCAACUUCCUGGCGCCCGAACCCGAGGUGUACAAGAGCGCCCGGGGUCACGUGGCGGUCCCCGCGGUGGUUAAAGUCAACUCGGGCCUGUUAUUUCCCCUCCCUGGUGCCGUACUAUUCGCUGAGCGCCCCGCCAUCUUCAUACCCCACUCCGACAUCCUCGGGGUGGAGUACCGCCGACCGCAGUCCGCAACGUUCGACCUUGUCGUACAUACCAAGUCGGGUACGGCGGGGGGAGCAGGGGAGGCCUCCGCCUCCGGGCCCGCUGGCGCCGCGGCAUCUGGUGGUGGUGGUGUAGCGGUCCCUGCCUCUGCCCCGCAGCAGCAGCAGCAGCAGGUGGAGUUCAGUCAGAUCGACCGGGGGGAGCUGGGUCGCCUGCAGAGCUACUUCGCCACCAGCAAAAUCAGGGUGAGGGGUGGGAAACGUCCCUCCAAACGACCUAGAAGUGAGCUGUCGGGAGCAGUCGCGGGUUCGAGUCUUCCGGGCGGCAGUAGUGGCGCCGGACCCAGCGGCAGUCGGCAAGUGGAAAUGGAAGAUAUGGAGGGGACCGAGGAUGGGGACGACGAUGAGGAUGAAGAUGACGAGGGUGAAGAUUCGUACGACGACGAGGAGGACGAGGAUGAGCUGGCGGACCUGACGGACGAGGAGGAUCUGCGAGCGGACGAUGUACGGCAGCGCGUAGGACGUAGUGGCGGCGCUGUGGCGGCGGCGGCGGCUGGGAAGGGAGCUCCCUCCAGGUCUUUGAAGAGUCGCAUGGAGGCGGAGGAGGAGGAGGAGGAGGAGGAAGAAGAAGAGGACUAUGAGGACGACGACGCCGAAUGA